AUGGAGGGUUGGGUCUGGGGUGGGGGUUGGGCAUGGGGAGGGGAGAGGAGAGAAGAGAGAGGCAUAGAGAGUGAGAGUGAGAGAGAUAGAGAUAGAGGCAAAGUGAGGGAAGGGGUGGGGUGCGAUGGAGGUGUGCUGGGGGUUGGGUCAAGGGAAGGGAUGAGAGAGGAGAGGGAGAGGGUGGGUGCGAUGAGGGUUUGGUUGGGUAAGAGAGAGAGAGAGAGAGAGGCAUAG